ACGUGUAGUCGUGUAGAUAAUGGCUGAUGAUAAUGGUAGUGGAAGAGAAAAGCAAAAAAAAGAAAGAAAAAAAGAAAAAAGAAAGAGGAAUUCAAUAUAACUAUAAAUCAACACAUUUCAAUGAGGCUCCUUGGAGCAAUACCCAACACUUAAUGAGAUCACACAUCCAACUUGGAACUCACACAUCAUCAUCAUCAUCCAUUUCCUUCAAAACUCAAAUUAGUCCAAAAGAAAACAAUUUACUUCAGGAUUAUACUGUAUAGUAUAAAAGUAUAAUUACAUUGGUUAAAAUCUUGAGUUACCAUUCUUUAGAUAGAUAUGAGCACUGAUAUGGAUCAGAAAUGCAAAAUAAAUCCUUGUUGAGUAAACAAAUACCAAGGUAGACAUUAUUUUAUGCCAUGCAAAAAAAAAUCAUAAAUUGAAUCCUAUAUUGUCAACGAAUAUCUACGAUAUUUAUUUUGGUAUAUCUAACUCAUUAACUCUGUCUACUAUUCUACAUGAACCGGUGGGGGAUAAUAACUCCCUUGGUGACUUAUCUUGUAUAUAUAUACACGACUUUCACGAACUGUUCGUCUAUCUGAUCAUUCGUUCUCUAACACCAAGGCAAAGUGAGAGAUUCUUAAGCACAAAAGAGUGAGAAAAGAAAAGGUCUAAUGUUUUCUCUACGUGAUGGAACCCUCUGUUCUAAAAAGAGGGAUCAUAUGAAAGUUUUUGGAGAAUCGUUUCAUGGUUCUUUUAAACGGAGCAAACAAGAAGAUCAAACACAAACCAAACUUGAGAAGAACUCUACUACUCUGUUUUUUCAAAGAUCAAAGUCAGAGAGCGCCAUGUUGAUAAAGCCUGAUGUUCAGCUUCACCUAGAGGCUAAGACCCUAUCAGAGACAUUUGAAGAUCAUAGGACAGACCUGGACCUUAAUUUGAAUCUUUCUUCGUCAUCAAGUUUCAAUAUGAAAAAAACAAUCAUGGAGAAAGAUGAAUGUUCGAAAGGAGUAUCUUUGAUCAUGACUACCCCAAGUAAGAAGGUGAGAUCAGGUGAUAUAGGGCUAAGUCGAUCCCCGUCUUGGCUAGCGUUUGAAGGUGAUGAUGAUGAUGAUAGUCAGAAGAAGCAAGAGAUGGUAACAACAGUGUGCAUGAAGUGUCACAUGCUGGUUAUGCUCUGUAAAUCAACUCUUGUGUGUCCUAACUGCAAAUUCAUGCACCAUGAUGAUCAUAGCUCCACAAAACAGUUUAAGACUUUAAAUUUGUUUAAGCUCUUGUGCUAGGCUUGCUUUUCAGUGUAUGUUAAUGAGCCCAAGAAUGUGAAACUAGAUAUGUAUGAGUUAUGUAUAUAUACAAGUACUGAUAGGUUUAUUAUAUC